AUGCGAAAAUUUUCGUUUUUUAUCAUUUUCGCACUAUUGCUGAUUUCCAGUUCGACUUCUUUGAAAAUUCUAGUAUAUUCACCUCUAUAUGCAGCUAGCCAUACAAACUUUAUGGCUAGAUUAGCUGAUACACUAACAGAAUCCGGCCAUAAUGUCACAUUUUUUACGCCGAUUAUCGAUGAGACUAGAAAAAAUCAAUUGGGAGUCAAGCUGACAAAAAAUGUGAUCAAAUUGGAGCAAGACUCAAAAAUGAAGGAGAAAGAUGUGAAAAUCGACGAUAUGAUGUCAAUAUUCUGGACAAUGGACGUAACUUCAAAAAACGGUCAUCGAAUUCUAGAAACCCUUCAUCAACAAGCAGUUUUAACCUGUGAUAAUCUGUUUCGAUCGAAGGAAAUUAUCGAAAAAUUGAGAGAAAAUCAAUAUGAUAUUGGAUUGGCUGAACCAUUGAUGACAUGUGGAUUGGCACUUUUUAGACAUUUGAAUAUUGAGAAAACGAUAAUUACCAGUUCUUGUGUUAAUUAUGAUAUUCUACUACCGACACUUGGAGAACCAGUGGAUACUAGUUAUUGGCCAACCAUGAACUCCCAAGUCACCGAAAAAAUGGAUUUCUCGGAUCGUCUCGAGAAUUUCGAAAUGCUAAAUUUAAUGCUAAAAACGUUUGGAAGCAUGUUCGACGACGAGGCAAAAACCUACCGUAGUCAUUUAGGACCAAAUUUUCCAGACUGGAAAACUUUGAUUCCAGAAGCCUCUCUUCAUUUUGUGAAUUCCAUUCCUUUUAUCGAUUUUCCACGUCCACAUCUUCAAAAAACCAUUGGGAUCGGUGGGAUUUCAGUGGAUUUUGAGAGUGUUCAAAGUUUAGAAUCUUCUGGAAAUUUGGAAUUUUCGAAAAUUCUUGAAAAACGACCCAAAAACAUGUUGAUAUCGUUCGGAACUCUUGCCAAGUCCUCAACGAUGCCUGAAAAUUUUAAAAAGAACCUUCUGGAAGUUUUUAAGAGUCAACCCAAUUGUACUUUCAUUUGGAAAUACGAAUCUGAUGACGUGGAAUUCGCUGAAGGCGUUGAGAAUUUGGAAUUUGUCAAAUGGGCGCCCCAGAUGGAAUUGUUGAGUGAGUUUUGGAAUUUUCAAAAAUUGACACAUCCGGAAAACUGGAAAAAUAAAAAACUCCGAUUUUUUGAAUUUUUGGGGGAAAGAAUUCCAAUAUUCGCUGAUCAAUCUCGUAACGCUAAUAUGUUGGCUCGUCAUGGGAUGUCAAUUGUCUUGCAUAAAAAAGAUUUGGGAAAUUUCGAGAAACUUCGAGAAGCCUUUUCUGAAACUUUAAAUAAUGAAAAUUAUCGAAAAAAUGCGGAAAAAAUCGCUGAAAUUGUUAAAAAUCAGCCGAUUAAGCCGAAGGAUUUGGUGGUGAAAUAUGUGGAAUUCGUUGGGAAGUUCGGUCCAUUCCCACAAAUGUCUCCCCACAGUCUGAAAAUGUCCGAUUUUCAGAGAUAUAACUAUGAUAUUUAUAUUUAUAAAUUCCUCGUUUUCAUUUUCCCAAUUUUUGUAAUUCUGGUGAUUUUUCGAUUUUUUAAGUCCUAUUUUUCAGUCAAAAUUGUUCCGAAAAAUAAAUAA